AAAAUGAAACCCUCAGCCAUUCCGGGGCCCAAGGUUGCAGGGGCCGCGCUCCCAAGCCCGCCCCCGGGGUGGGCAGAGGCCUGCGAGGCUGCACGGCCCCGGCGGCCACGCGGCAGGCCCGGGGCACCGCUGAUCGCAGCCGCGCCUGGAAAAGGUCCAGGGUCCUGCAAGCCUUCCCCAAGGGUACGGACGCGUCCGUGCGUCCGUCCGUCCGCCCGCCCGCCCGGCCCAGGGCGCCCGGUACGGUACCUCAUGCUGUAAGCGCCGGCGCCCAGCUCCUGCCCGAUGCCCGUGAGGCUGGCGUCGAAGUCGUGCACCAGCCCGGACUCGAUCACCUCGUCCAUCUUGAGCACCCAGGCCAUCUUCCGGCCUCGCCGUCACCCGGCGCGCGGCGCAGCCUCCGCGGCGCGGCGAGUGGUCACCAGCGGCGGCCCGGGCGGCGGCCGGCGCGAGAGCGGCCGGGGCCCCGCGGACAGGGCAAGGCGAGGAGCUCGGGCGUGAGCGGCAGGGCCGCCGGCAGCGCCUCCCUCCCGCGGGCGCCGGCCGCGCGCCUCAUGCCGCCGCCGCCGCCGCGCCCACCCCCAGCGCCGCUAGCGCUGCAGCCGCCGCCGCCGCCGCCCGUCCCGCCCCGGGGCGCCCGGCUGCAUCCUCCCCAGGACUGCGCGGGGGUUGGAGGGAGGGCGGGAAUCCAACCCGCUCCGACGACCGCGCGGGGGGUGAGCCCGCCCGUCCCCCGGUGCCCGGCCUCGACCCCCGGGCUUCAGCCCGCCCGCCCAGGCUCUCCCGCCCCGGCCAACCCCGCCGACGCCGGUCCGCGGUCCGCGGACGAUGGCUUCGCCACAGCUCCGGCUCGAGCGCACUCGCCGCUUCCGCCUCCUACGGCUCCGCCCCGGCCCUGCCCCCGCCCCCGAGAGUGCCCCCCGGCCCCGGCCCGCCCCGCAGGGCCCCCGCGCACGGGACUGUCCCGGCGCUUCCCGGCGGAGGCACUCUCCCUUCGGGGAGGCGCGACCCCGCCCACACGGCGAGUUCCCAGCCGGGGCGGCCCGCUGCCCUUUCACACCGGCCCCGGAAGAGGCGGGGCCAAAAGGCUGUCUGUUUCCGUCCUUCCCGAGAAGCUCAUUGAUUGACAGGCCAACUGG